AGAAGGUCGAAGAGCAGUCAAGCGUCUGGUUGUCAAAUUGAAAUGAAAAUAAUUAUAUUAAUUUUCGGAUUUUCUGUGGUUUUUUGUGAGGAAAUUCAUUAUGGGUUUGUCACAAAAUAUAUCGACAUGCCAUUGGAUCAUUUCAGCUUUACCACAAACACAACGUUCAAAUUGAGAUACCUGGUAAACGAUACUUAUUUUGCUGAGGAUAAGCCUAUAUUUUUUUAUACUGGAAACGAAGGGGAUAUUUCAAUGUUUGCACAAAAUACCGGGUUUAUGUUUGAAUUAGCAGCCAAAAUGGGAGCCUUAUUAGUUUUCGCUGAGCACAGGUUCUAUGGCGAAACUCUACCAUUUGGUAACAACUCUUACACUUCUCCAAAAUACCUAGGUUACCUCAGUGCCCAACAAGCAUUAGCUGAUUAUGUUUACCUGAUUAACGACCUUCAGAAGCAGUACGUGAAUAAAUCAAAUUCCUUGGAAAAACUUCCUGUUAUCGCUUUCGGAGGCUCCUACGGAGGCAUGCUGGCUGCCUGGUUGAGGAUUAGGUAUCCAUACAGUGUCAUUGGAGCUAUAGCCAGUUCAGCACCCGUUUGGCAGUUUCAUGGGAUCAUUCCUUGUGAGAACUUUAAUAAAAUCGUAACGGACGUUGUUAGGAGCUUGGGAUCAGAAAUAUGUGCGGAUACUAUUAGGAAAUCAUGGAAUAUUUUGAGAAAUAUAACGGCUACGGAUAAAGGAAAAAUUGACGUUUCAACCACUUUUCAACUAUGCAAAAAUAUACAAACAAAUGACGACAUAGAAACUCUUCUCAACUGGCUUUCUGAAAUUUAUGUCGAUAUAGUUAUGGUAAACUACCCAUAUCCCACCAGCUUUUUGGUGCCACUACCCGGACACCCUGUGAGAGAGUUUUGUGAAGGUUUGGAUAGUGUCAAAUAUAAGGAUGGAGUAGGUCUUGUUGAAGCUAUUGCCAAAGGAUUGCAAAUUUAUACUAAUUACACUGGAACCACUAAAUGCAAUGACAUUUUGCAAACAGCGGGGCCAAAUUUAGGAGAAAAUGGCUGGAAUUUCCAGAGCUGUACGGAUAUGAUUAUGCCUAUGUGCUCUACAGACACUGACAUGUUUGAAAAUUCAGCUUGGGACUUUCAACAAUUUUCUGAUGACUGCUACAAACAGUUCUCAGUGCGCCCAAGAAACGAGGAAGUACCAAUUUUGGAAUUUGGAGGAACCGAAAUAGAAACUGCAUCAAAUAUUGUUUUCAGCAAUGGUUUACUGGACCCAUGGUCGAGCGGAGGUGUCAUAAAAAACAUCUCUUCCCAAGUUUUGUCGAUUCUUAUUCCAGAUGGGGCGCACCAUGUCGAUUUAAGAGCCGCAAAUCCUCUUGAUACUGAAAGCUUUAAAACUGCCAGACAAUUUCAUGAAAAGCAAAUAAAUAAAUGGCUGGAUAAAUUUUAUUUCAAGAGUUUGCCGUUGGAAGCUUAUGUGUCAACAGUUAACAAAAUUUAGGUCAUUUUAUUAGUGCAAAAAAUGAUAUCCUAUAGUUGUAAACUUUCUAAUGAAUAUUAAUUUAUUCUAGUUUUAACGAUUACUGAUCAGACACAUUCACGUGGUAAUUUCUAUUGUCAAGUAAGUAGGUAACUGUCUGGGUAGGUAGGUACAUUAUUUAUAUCUUAUCGAAUACUUAAUAAAAAAUCAUACUUUGAAACCCUUUGUAAGUAAAUAUUAAGACUCUCCAAAGUUUGAAUUAAAUUUGAAAGUUCUAAAUGAAGCGAGAAAAGAUGAGUCAGUCUUGUCUCAACAUUUCCCUGAUACUAGCGGUUUUUUAAAUUUUUGAUUAACCCGCCGCAAUUUCCCAGAAAUCCAUCAUAAGUGCCAAUGCGUUGUUCAAGAAUUUUCCACAAGCGAAUUCAUGUGGGAUAAUUUUUGACUACAAUAUCAAGUUUAGUUUUUUAAACAAAUCUUGUAAUAAUAAAAAGUGUUUUAAAAAAAAAACACUUAUGUUUCAAUCAAUAUGUUGAUCAAUACCUAAAACAAUAUGUGAAUCCUUGAAAAAUAAAACAUAAUAUGUUUUAACACAUACAAAACUGCCUUUAUUAACUUAAACUAGAGAAAAAUUCAUCACAUAUGAAUAAUUAGGUACGAGAUUACAAUACCAGUAAAGAAAACAUUAAUAACAUCAAAAUAGCCUGCUUUACUUUUUUUUUUUUUUAAAUUUGCCCUACCUAUAUUAACAAAUAUAUAUUCACAGACACAUCCUGAAAGAGGAGAGUUAAAUUAAUUUGUGUGAUGAUAUUUGCACUUCAAAUAAGUAGGUAACACUACUGGAAACAAAAUUGAUACACUAUUACAAAAAGUUCAGGUAGCAAUACAUACUUGUAUACUUUGCAAUGAUUUGUAUACAACUUAACUUUCCUCAACACAUAAACUUUUCAGGGAAUAAAGGCCACUAAACCGAAUACUCGAACUCAUUUUCUUAUACGAUGUUUGCCAAAUUACGUAAAAUCUUUCGAGACAAUCUCUUAAAACGGAUUUUGAAAUAACAAAAGCACCUGGAAGUUACAAAACUGUUUGCUUACCUAUUAACCUACAUCAAGACAUGCCUAAUCUGCCUUUAGACAAAACACGGUCAUAUAGAUGAGUUUACAAGCCUUAAAAUUAUAUUGAAUAAUAUGUUUUGUAUGAUAUGCUGUUACAAAGGUGCUAUAAUCACUUAGAAAACUAUGCAUUUUUUUUUAUUAAGUUUUUUUUUAGUUCGCUCUUAGUAAAUUGUUGGUCCAUUUAUUGCCCUACCCGACACAAUCUAAAACUUCACUUCCUUAAUCCAUUAAUAUCAUUAAUAUAGAAUUCAACCUUCUGUUGAAAAUGUUUAAUGUUUGAUUAGGUUUGUCUCUACUUCUGUUUAUUUGGUAAUGCUGGUUUGGAGUAAAACUGACAAACUGAGAUAAGAAGGCCAAUAAAUACGUUCAAGAAUAUGUUACUAUGCUUAAAUAAUAUAAACACAAAUUAUCAUAGUAUUUUUCUAGUAUGACCCUAAUAAAUACAUUUACCUAUUAAUGUCCGUUUAUCUUCUUUUCAGUUGUGGUGGCUAAUAUUAGAGUGUGCUGCCCUCCACUAGAUACUCUCAUUACUUUUUUAUCUUUGAGCUGUUUGCUUUCAAUAGGGGUAGGUUCGAAUGCAUCCUCAUCAUUUCCUAGUCCUAAUUGACCAUUUGUUC